CCGCGGAGCUGCGGACCCGCGUUCGGUGGACUCGCAAGUGAGACCCGCGCCUGCGAGGAAUAAUGCCGCGCUCCUUCCUGGUGAAAACGCACUCCAGCCACAGGGUCCCCAACUACGGGGAGCUGGAGACCCAACGAGAAAUCAAUGGCUCCUGUUCUGCCUGUGGGGGGCUGGUGGUGCCCCUCCUCCUCCCAGACAGCAUGGCCCCUCCCAUGCCUGGUGACCUUGCCCAGCCCUGGGACCACAUCUCUGGCAUCACCUGCAUCUCCCUGCCCCUCCCGGAAGCUCAGAAGGCCUCUGAGCCAUUGGACCCCUUGGACGUCAGCUUGAUGGACCCUCGUGCUGCCCGGGCUCCCAGCAUACCCCUCAAAGACAGCCUGAACCACCUCAACCUGCCCCCACUGCUGGUUCUGCCCACACGGUGGCCUCCAAUACUGGGCACAGAUGGGGACCGGGCUCCAGACAGACUCCUGAGGGCUGAGCAGGCCCCCUACUCCCCAGGCGGCUUCCAGUGUACCCACUGCCACAAGCCCUACCACACACUGGCUGGGCUGGCCAGGCACCAGCAGCUGCACUGCCACCUGCAGGCUCAGCGCUGCUUCACCUGCAAGUACUGCGACAAGGAGUAUUCCAGCCUGGGAGCCCUCAAGAUGCACAUCCGCACGCACACGCUGCCCUGCAUCUGCACCAUCUGCGGCAAGGCAUUCUCUAGGCCCUGGCUGCUUCAGGGCCACAUUCGGACCCACACAGGGGAGAAGCCCUAUGCCUGCUCUCACUGCAGCAGGGCCUUCGCCGACCGCUCAAAUCUCCGAGCCCACCUGCAGACACACUCUGACACCAAGAGAUACCAGUGCAAGAGCUGCGCCAAGACCUUCUCCCGCAUGUCACUCUUGUCAAGGCAUGAGGAAUCUGGCUGCUGCCCCUGUCCCUGAGAGCUUCUGUUUCUUUCAGAGUUAAAGACUGAUGGGGAACUGUCGCCAGCGUGGACAACCCUGCCAUUAAGAUGAUGGACAGGGCUGCCUAUGGAGCUCUUCGCAACUGCACGUGAACAGCCUGACUUGUGCCGAGCACAUUGCGCAGUCUAGCCCGCAUGGGCGUAGCUACCUCAAGGCUCACCUCCCCCUGCCUUUGGUUUGGAAUCUGGGCCACGCUGCCUCGUGUCACACAUGCGCACCCACGCCCUCCCGAUCUCUGAGACGGAGCAGCACCGAGAAG